CACGGGCGAUCUCCGUAAAACUAGCGUGACAUUCAACGUGUUAAUAACGCGAAACAUAUCGCACGUAUAGAAAACGAUGUCCAAAAACGGCGCGACAAGAACUUUCCAAGUCCACAUCCAAGCAGUUUCAUCGCAAAAGCAGUAAACGCAUUUGCGCAAGAAAACAGAUAUACAAAGAAAUAGGAGGGAACAAGAAAGAACACAUAAUUUCAAGUAUUAUUUAUUAUUAUUAUUAUUAUAAUUCCUGUACAGGAAUUUCCUCUAAGAAAGAGCAGGAAUAUGUGACGAAAUAAAACUGUAAAAGCGAUGUUUUUGCUUUUCACAAAAGAAAUACGAGGAACCACGAAGAUAGAAGGAGUGUAAAGGGAAAUGAACGAGAAAGAAAAAAUCAUAAACGUUUGUUGUUGAUGAUUUUAUGUCUCAACGAUUGCCCAAUGCAAUAAGCAACAACGUGCAAAACUAUCAAAGUAACUACACAGCCAUAAGUAGUGCUUAUAUAGUAUCAGUAAAAUAGAAGAAUGGCACUGCAACGUACACAUGUUGUAUUACAAACUGUCAACGAUUUAAGGAAAAUAAAUGGGCAAAUGAAAUCACAUUCUCGGUCAAGAACAACAACACCUUCAGGUGCUAUUCAACCAGAACCAAAAAGAACACGUUUCAGUUUUUUGGGUGUUAUCUGCAGUAUUAUGACAGGACUAGUCAUAGGAGCUACUUUAAGUAAAAUGAUGGCUAACUAUCUCGAAGAGAAAGAAUUGUUCGUACCUUCGGAUGAUGAUGACGACGAUGAUUAAUUUAUUCUCGGUACGCAAAUUAAUUAAGGCAGAGAUUUAAAAUUUCUACAUCUUGUUUUUCAUAUCGAGUCUCGGUCCAGACUUUUGCAUGUAUCCCUAAAAUGUACUUUGCAUAAGUAAGCUUCUCAUUGUUCCUCCAUAAUCAUGUAUCAUUCAGUGCUAUCGUUUAAUCUUUGCUUGUGAGGAAAAUAGACUUCUUCCAUGUCUAUACAUUGUUUUCUGUUUUAAGAUCUAUGGCAACGAAGUCUGGAAAGAUAUAAGAUGAUGUAAUAUGUCUGACCUUUGGGCAGCACAUGUUUUACAUAUAUAGUUGCCACGAUAAAUCAAAUAUACGCGGUGCUUUCAAUUCUCUUAGAGCUUUACUUGCGCAAUUUAAGUAACGUAUUGUUUAUUACCAAUUUUUGUUGAAAGGCAAACUGAUUUUGUAUAUAUCUACAUGUAUGUUUAAAUAUAUUCCUUUAAAAUGCAUAUAGAAAAUGUAUAUACCUAGGUGUACAGACAUACAGAUAUUUUGUAAAUAUUGUUUCAUUGGAUUGCAAAAUAAACACAAUGCAAAGAAACAA